AUGGUGUGGCUUACUCUUGCUUCCCUCAAUAAGGCCUCAGAGUUGACGCAACCAGUUUUCGUUCGUUACCAGUGGACACCUUUUGCUAAGCAGCGCACAUCUCAUUACGAUCCAGUUUUCAUUGAGUUCGCAUUUUCUACAAUCACAGAAAUCUCAGAUAUGGCAGACACACAGGAAGCCCCCAAGAAAGUCUUAAAGAAGACCAACAAAACUCCAAUCAAGAAGAAGCCUGCAACUCCGAAAGCAGAUGUUGCUUCAAUACCUACCGAGAAACCAUCGGUACCGAAUCUACCAACACCGACUGCUCCUAAAGAAUCCAAUGAUGUAGAGAAAUCCGCAAAGCAGGCCUCCACCACCAAAGCCAAGAAAUUCGCACCCAAGCUACCAGCAACACCUCCAGCUGACAAAAGUGUUCCUCAACCUCAAGUAGCAUCGCCAUCGCCCGUGCCAAGAUCUGAGGGCAAACCGAAGCUUAAAACGUUCAAGAAGUCUGUUAAGAAGCCUGAUCCGGUACUCGAACCAGAGCCAGAACAAGAAGAGGAGCAAGAGGAUCCAGAAGAGUCGGACCAGGAAGAGCCCGAGCCUGAAAAGCAAACACCUCGACCAAAAAAGUUUUCCAAGGUCAAAAAUUCUGAGCCAAUACCGGAACCUGACGAUCAGGAGCAGGAAUCUGAGCCUGUGACAGAACUGGAAGAGCCAGAGAAGCCAGAUCAAAAGGGAGACCAAGAUGAAGGCAUCGAAAUGCCCGAUGGCGAAAAAGAGGAGGAAAAUGGAAGCGACAAUGAGGAUGAAAUUGAUAAUGAUUCCGAUAUUCAAGAUGAUGAAGAACAAGGUAUCAGCGAGGGGGAAGAUAUGGAAGAGGCGCAGGAUGAGGAGAGUGAUGGAGUAGAACAAGAGGAUAAUGAGUUAGCUCAGGCUAUUCCUGAUAUUCAACCAGAUAUCAUUACGUCUGCACCUCCUAUUCCGGAAGACCUCAAGGAAACCAUCGAACCACUCAAAUCAGUAACGAAAUCUGAACCUCCCAAACAGACUACCAAGCCUAUCGAAGAUACAACAAAGUCGACCCCAGAGCCUGUGAAGGAUGCAGCUCAACGACCCAAGAAAUUUCUUAGCAAAUCUUCCAAGGCCGCACAAGGUGCUCUGGGACAAGCAAAUGGUGUUCUAGGCGGUGGAGCUAAGAAAGCCCAAGACUCUAUCGGUAAUGUACCUGGCGCUGAUAAAGUAAAAGACACUUCUUCUGGUGUCACUGCUCAGUCAAAGGAUAUUGGAGGCAAAGCAUCUAAGAGUACCAAGGAUGGAGUGGACAAAAUCAAAGAUACAGUGGGUCAACCUCCAAGCGCUGAUCAAGCCACCGAAGCUGUACGUGGCGCAACUGAUAAGGUUAAGAACACUGGAUCAAAAGCGAAGGGUAGUGUUGAAAAAGAAUCCGGGGACGUCAAAGAUACCGCACAAGGCAAAGCAGAUCAAGCAUCCAGCCUUGGUAAAGAUGCCAGUAAUAAAGUCAAUGGAGUUACAGGUGACGCAAUGGACAAAGCUUCAGGUGUCACUGAUGGUGUAGAGGAUAAAUUUAGCGGUGUCCAGUCACAAACAGAUGUAGUUUCCAGCGAUGCCAAAAGCAAAGUCGGGGGUGCCACUGGUGACGCGCAAGAGAAACUCGGCGGUAUCAAAGAUACUGCCGCAAAGAAACUUGGAGGCGUUACGGAUACAGCUGGUGCUGUCAAGGGUGGUCUACCAUCUACAGAUGAUGCUCAGAAAUCUUUGGGAGAUGGUAGUGAGAAAGCUCAGGGUGUAUUAAGUGGUAUAUCCGGUGCUGAUAAAGCUACCGAUACUAUGAAUGGAGUUACGGAUCAAAUUGAAGGUGUGGCAGACAACGCCAAAGAUUUACAAGUCGAUCUACCAAACCUCGAUGACCUUAUCGGUAAGAGUAUAUCCGUAAUCAAAGACGGAUUUCUCUUCGACGAUGAGGGAAACAUUAUUGGUCAAGCCACCUCGAACUUCUCUGGCAAAGCAAUUGGUUCAUUUAAAUCCAAGGAACUGGAAGCCAGGGCUUCACAACAAAUCCAAGUUCUUGGUGGAAUUCAGAAACCAAAGAUUGAUAACCCAAGAGCGGGGGAUAAGAAACCUCUGGCGGGGUUAUCGGGCCAGAACUUGAAUGCAGAUUCUAGUGCAGCAGGUGCAGGUAGUCCGAGUGAUAUUUUCUUGGAUGUUAAGAGUACGAAUGAGGGGAUUAGUUUGCAGAUUCGAAUUCCUACGGCUUUUAUGAUGAGGAAUGGAAAUGGAAAUUAG